AUGCCCAGGCUGCUGCUGAACCUCCUCUUCCUGCUCGGCCACCUACGUCGCCUCUCCUCCUGGCUGCUCCGCCUCGUCGGCGCCGGCGUCGACGACGACCUCUGCUUCGACUACUCCAAUGCCUCCGACUUCGCCUACUUCGCCGACCACCACCAGGAACAAUACCAACACGAACACCACGACCACGGCCUGGAGGAGCACUCUCUGGCCGUGCGCUUCGACGCACUCCCGUCCGACAGCGACGACGGCACGGCACCGCUGCUGCCGGAGUGCUGCGUGGUGUGCCUCGACGACUUCCACGGCGCCGCGCGGGUGCGCCGGCCGCGCGGAUGCCGGCACGUCUUCCACCACGGGUGCCUCGACCGCUGGCCCGCCCACGGCCACCGCACCUGCCCGCUCUAUCGGGCCUCGCUCCUCCCGCUGGCACCGACAUCUCUCAAUCCCAUCCUCCUACCCAUGCCGCUGCCGGCGUCGUGA